CACCUUCUUAUCCGAUUCAUCCAUCGUCAUCGACUCAAUCCUACCUCAUAGCGCAUACUAUACUAUAUCAAUACACUGCCGAACCUUCACCUCCCCCACUAUCCCUCGUGGGCAUACUGCGACGUUCAAGAGACCCUGCGCGUAGUAGUCGUGAAUGAGCCGACCUAGAACCAUCUCGAUAUCUCUGCGCUACUCAAUCGUUGUCCCGUUUCAACUCAUCAGGACCCAGCUGAUACUCCUCUCCCUGCUCGCCUUGACUUUGAUCUCGAGGGGAAAUGUCGUUAUCUAAUCUAGGAUAUGACGCCUUCUGACGACCGCAGGACAUGUCCGACCGGCAAUUCACAGGCCUCAGGUCAGAUGGGCGUGUCGACAUUGGCUGAGCCGCUGCCAUCGGUCUGUCGCCAGCGCACGCAAGAGAUUGUUUGUCCGCCUUACCGCCUUGCUCCUUCCCAUGCCUUGCCUACACAGCUCUGCCAUCUUGAUGCCUAAGCACACCAUGGUCGACAGGUCAGGAAUAGGUGUCUGAUGACAUAUUCUAGCAUCCCGAAAGGUCCUUAUAACCGCAGCUUCGCACUGUGUUUCUCCCUCGCCCUUCCCUUCAAUUUAUCACAAUGACCACCGCUACUCAGACCAUUAACGACCUCACUACCCAGAUUGGCACCCUUGGCGUGCGAGGCAGUACUCAGCCUUUGUCGCGUAACUACUCCCUCGACAAGUGGCAGAACUUUGCUGUCAACCCCGCUAUCGGACAAGAAUUCGGCAAGGACCUCCAGCUGUCCGAGAUCGUACACGCUGCGAACAAGGACGAGCUUCUGCGUGACCUGGCUGUUCUUAUUUCCCAGCGAGGCGUGGUCUUCUUCCGAGCCCAGGAUAUCGGCCUCGAAGACCAAAAGACAUUGGGCAGGAAGCUCGGAGAGCUCUCAGGCAAGCCCCAGGACUCCGCCCUACACAUCCACCCUUUCACCCCAAAGGAUUCUGAGAAGGGUGACCAGAUCCUUGUCAUCAGCGCCGAGAGACGCAACAAGCGGGCACAGGUAGAGGAUUCAACCCGCUUUGCUUCCAAGGGCUGGCACUCUGACAUCACCUUUGAACCCGUUCCCAGCGACUACGCUAUUCUCAAGAUUCACACGGCCCCUGAGAAUGGCGGCGACACUCUUUGGGCAUCUGCCUACGAAGCCUACUCUCGCCUAUCCCCCGAAUUCGCAAAGUUCCUCGAGGGCAAGGAGGCUUUCCACGAAGCAACCUCUUUCAACAAGUACGCUGAGGCUGCCGGCAUCACUCUCAGGACCGAUGUGAGGGGAUCUCCUCUCAACAGUGGGCCGGGGUUGAGCGCCAUCCAUCCCGUUAUUCGUGUUAAUCCCGUCACUGGAUGGAAAGGUCUCUUUGUAAACCAAGGCUUCACCAAGAGAAUUCUCGACGUGACCAAAGACGAGUCUGACUUUAUUCUCGAUUACCUUUUCAAACUCGUCAACAGCAACCACGAUCUCCAAGUGCGCUUCAAAUGGGGAACGGGCUACGCUUCCAGGUCAGUGGGAGAUGUUGCCAUCUGGGACAACCGAAGUACAGUCCAUGCCAUUACUCAAGACUAUGAAGACGCCGAGCGCGUUGGCGACCGAGUCGUAUCGCUUGGCGAGAAACCUUACUUUGACCCUGCUGGAACCACGAGGCGCAAGGAUCUUGGUCUUCCUGAGCCUACCCAUGACGCUUCUGUCUUGGGUGAAGCCUAUAGGCAAUCCGUAAGCUCUGCGAACGAAUAGUAGUAGUGCAAUGUCGGUGUGUUUGCCUCUCUUCUCUGUGGGUUGUAUCUUCUAGUUAUCAGUAGUAAUGAAGAUCAGUGUCCUGCCAUGCUCGGAUCUUGUUGAAGUCCGGCGGUGCGAGAAGGAUGUCACUGAGUCAGCUUCUUCGAAUCAAGGGUGGCUGCAAAGCGCUCGGGACUGCAACUCACCUAUAUACAGUCCUGUCAACCGACCGAAC